GUGAAGGGGCGCAGGAAGCUAGCCCAGUAAAAUCGGGUUUCUACAAAAAAUCCCGUGUACUUUUGGCUACUCUUGUUUAUUGCUAACUACGCUCUUCUCGAACUUUGAAAUUCAUAAUGGCUGCAUAAUUGACGUCACAAGGACCAAAGAAUUAUAGGAUACCCCACGGUGAUAUAUUCUAAUGACUAAUUUGGUUUAGAAUGCCUUGUUGAUAUGUUUCGAAGUAUUAAAUAUUUAUGAGAUAUAGAAGAUUCAUUAGCGCUAGAAAAAAAUUUUGUUGUUUGCUUAAUGCAGAAUUAUUUGUUUUCUUUUAAAAGCAACACGUUUGUUAAGUACUGUAAUCUUCGGAUGAGUCGGAAUCAAAAUGUUCUAACGUUGUACUUGGCUUCCAGUUUAAACCUAAACGUAGGUUUAUCGGACUCAUCGUGGGUGACAUAUGGAGAGUAGGGACACCCAAUCAAAAAAAGUUGUAAAUGCAACAAUUGCCGACAAAUGAGCACUGAAACUAAAUGUUUUUGCUAUCACGAACUGGAAUCAAGACGUAUAUAUAACCUACAAGAAAUAAACUGUAUAGUCAAUUACGAAGAUUUCGAUCCGAUUGUUUUAAGGAAAGGAAAUCUCUGGACUGCUUUGGUUGGAAUGUAUGAUAGAGAAUCGACAUAUCUUCCUCCAAGAAAUGACGUUCCCAAUAAAACAUAUUGCUAUGCUGCUUACCGACAGUUCACGUGGUGGGUUCACAACAGACUUGGCAAAUCUGUGCGAAGGGUCAUCCCGUCAUGUGCAGUGACAAAAAUUCGUGAUGCUUAUCCAGAGCCUGACGGGGUAUACACAGGAUAUAUGGAAGGGCGUGUAGUUCCUGAAAAUGAGUUAACAUGGGUUUUCCAUGAUGCCAAAAAUGUAUUUUAACUUAAUUAAAAAAAUAAAAAAUAAUAAAAAAAUAAUAUGUACAAAUUACAUAAAGUAAAAAGUAAAACAAAAUUAUGUCAUUCGUGAGUAUUUAAUUGAGUCUUCAAAAAUAUGCUCUCUACAGGGCCUUUCGGCAGGGGUAAUGAAGGCUUGGUUUUUUCCCGGACGGCAAUUACAGGUGCCUUUCACCUACCAGUUAUAUUUACGCAUAAAAUCACGUGAUUUAGUCUUCUUUAGCAACAAGACAGCACAUUUUUUCCCUUUCCUUUUCACCUCGCUUAUAAUCUUUCGUGGUUUGUUAUCAAUCACUAUCCAAAUCUGUUAAGCAUGGUCAACAAACAAAUCGAGAAAGAAUUAUUUAGAGGUAACCCUUUCGUU